ACUGGAGAAAUUCAAAUAUGACACCGCGUGCGGACCACGCAUGCAACAAUACAAACGGCUCGUCAACUUAUAACGUUUCUAUAAUAGCUCAAAACAUGGUUAGUUGUUUAGCCUGCGGAGUUUCGGAUAAGGCUCGCAAAGCUGGAAUUACAUUUCACAGGUUUCCAAAAAACCCGAAGUUAUAUGCAGCAUGGUUGAUGUUUGUCAAUAAAACAGAAGAGACAAUGCCGAAGAUUGCUGCUCUCUGUUCACAGCAUUUCGAAGUGUCUGAAUUUGACAAAUCAUCAUUCAAAGUAAUGUUAAGUCGAACAGCAGUGCCUUCUAUAGAAGUAAAACGGCAUAGAUAUGACAAAAUUAAAUCAUCAGCACAACCAGUUCCCAUUCCUGCAGCUUCUAGUUCAGGUAUUCCAAGUAGUGGGAAACAAACAGAAGCUGUUGACCCUUUAGACAUAUGUCAUGUGUCUAUAGUUGAGCCUCAAGUUCUGGAGACAUCUGAACUACCAAAAAUUAUACAAAUCAAAUCAACUGCAGGCGAUACCCCGAAAACAGCUGAGCUGCAGCAACAGAUUAGUCGACUAGCAAUGAUAAAUGUUCGACAGGCUAAGCAAAUAAGGCAACUACAGAAGAAAACAUGGUUCCAGAAAAAGCGUAUUGCCCAGUUAACUGCCGUAGUUAAGGAACUCCGUGCUAAACGCUGAUACUUACUCGCUCGGAAGCACGCGGUAGUGGUUUAGAGCGUUUAGCCAACUGCAUCCUGUUACAGUAGAUAAAUAUUUGAUGAUCCAGUUGUCUGUUAGUGUAUCGAAUGCCUUAAUUUGAUGCUGAUAUUGUGAAUAUGAAUUUACCUAUAAAUGAACAUGCCUUU